CCUUCUCCGGAGGCGAUGCUCCUGCCCCAUGCCACCAAGGCUAUCCGAGCAGAGCGCCAUCUCAUCCCCAUGGUGGGGCCAGUGGAGCAUCCGGUUGAUGAAGACCUAACCACCACAUACGCGGAGAAAGCCAAGCAGGCUAGUAAGUUCUCUGCACCCUGCCACAUCCUUGCCCUCUUCCUAUGCUUGAUCUCCUUCCAAAAGCCUAAUUCCUGCAAAUGUCAAGUGGGUUAGCUCCUCCAGCUUGGGAAGAAGCAAGAGCCAAGUCAGGCCUGCAGAGAUGGGCCUCCCGUUGCACAUUUGCCACUGUGGCCUGGAUCACCCAGGAUGUCCCAAGCAGUAGAUGAGAGAAAGGGCCUAGAGUCUAGGAGUCACUUCUAGGAGUUUCAGUCACACAAUCAGCUAUGCAGCAGCUAUGGUAGAAUUGAUCUACUUCAGGUACUGGCAGCAAAUACAAGUGGGAGCUGGUAAAUCAGUUAAUCUGAUGGUUCCUUGUGGGGUGGGUAUCUCUCAAGACCUUUCUGGGUGGAAUAAAACACUGAAAAAUUUAGUGUAGUACUUGGGUGAUGGACCUGAAGUGACCUCAGUUGUGAAUAUCUUUCCUGGUUUCUGCUACAUAUGGUAUUUCAAACUCAAACAUGAUGGCAGAGUAAGAUGUUAUUUGACUUCACAGUGGUGAUCUAUCAAAUAAUAUUAAAAUGCAAGGUAAUUGAUAGCUUUUUUUUCAUAUGAGUGUCUCACUUAGUCAUACGAUUAACUUAUACUUCUCUGAGCUUAGAAAUUAAGCAGGUUUCAAAAAACUGACUUAAUUGUGGAACAGACUGGGAACUGAGACAUAGAAAAGUUAUUAGACUGAAUCAGAGAUAAAACACACAGAUUCUAACUUCUGGUUCUCUGCUUCAAACACUAGACAGCUUUUCCCCAGGCCAGAUAAUGUUUCAAAGCUAUUGUUAUGCCACUCUUCCCUCUUUUGUUAUUGGUUCUUUAGAGGUAACUGUCAAAUCUAGGCUGCAUCCUUCAGGCAGGGCACUGGCUUACUGCUCUGCUCUGUGUUGAGGACAGACUCAGUUGGGUGCUUUAUAUCAGGCCCUCCUAGGCAGUACAACUGUCUUGGUGCCUUGUAGUAGUUCUUCCUAGUCUAUAACAUUCACUUUCCCUAGAAGAGCAAAGAAAGCAGCAGUUUCAGCCUCUCUGACGAUGAAGCUAUUUUUUCCCCAUUUGAAUAAUGUACAAGCAUGAGGUGAAUGGUGAGAAAGGCAUGUUCAGCUGCUCCCUGCCAUAUGAUAGUCCUAGCAGCGGAUGAGCAAAUGCUUUACAUCAAGGCUUAUUUCCAUGGAUAGUGUCAGCACAGAAGGCUCCCAGGAAAGCCAGGUAUUCAAUGCAGAACAUUUCUGAUGGCAAAAUAAUACCCCAUGGCAGAAGGUGAUGCAACUGUAUUGCCAGCAAGAGGUGGGGUUCCUAGAAAUAUUACAGACUGAGAUGGUAUUUUAUUCUCCUAUUACCCCCUCCACCCCUCAUCCCCUUUCUGGAUUAUCUUUGGCCAUGAGUGUCCUCAUGUAAGAGUUGUUCUGCCAUGGAUGGCAAUUCACAUGGCCAGCUUAGCCAUCUCUUGAGUUAGGAAUCUUGGCAGUAAAUGUGAAGGUAAAACUAUGUCCCAGUUAUGCAGGAGCACAAUAGCCAUUAAAAAAAAUCUUGUGAUCAACAACCAGUAAGUCUAGGAAGGAAAGACGCAAGGAAUGAAGAGGGAUGAAAGGUGUUCAGUAUGUGGUGAGCAAAGCUAAGGAGCACCUACCUCUGGAAGGAACACAGGAGGGUGUGGGACUGCAGAGAGGCACUGACUCCUGCGACAGGGCUGCUUGAAGAGAUGCCAUAGCCAUUGGAGGUACUGCAGCCAUUGCCAGAAAGAUGCAGUCUUGCAAGGAUGUUUUGACAUGAAUUGGCUUAGCUCCUACACUUGCUCCAGGCUCCCAUGGAGCCAGAGCUAGAGGAGUUUAAAGGUCUUUUUCUCUGCCCUUCCUUGUCAGUAUCCAAAACACAGUAGCCUAGUCUGGGACGGGGGACUUCUGGGUUUUGCUUAACUGGAACACAAAAACAAGCUCAUGGUUUAGAAACUGAACAACCUUUUAAAAACCGAGAAAUAGUUACAAAGAGUAGAUGACUCAGAUGAUCAGUCAUAGGAGCCUAGGACUUAUAAUGGACACAGGAGACAUUUAAAGACCGUUCUGGCUCCCUAAUCAGAUGUUUGCCUUUUGGAGCACUACCUCCACUGCUUAAACAUAAUCCCAGUGCGCCUGCUCAGCACACCCUCCUUGCCUUAGCCUGACCUUCACUUCAUUAUGGCUUCCACCACUACACCAUAAGAAUAUGAAUAACUUCUUUUUUCUGUUGUUUGGAACUGUCAACGAACUGGUUCCUCAUCUUUUCUUUCUAGAAUGUACCACUACAGCUUUCUCAUGCUUCCUGUGAUGUUUUCUCCAAUUUUGAGGGUAUUUCUCUUUUCCUUUGUAUUCAUUCUUUUUAACUUUUCACUGUCAUUCUUAAGCUACAUUCUCCCUUUCUCAUCUCUCCCUGUACCCCAGGCAAACAGAACUGCAGGUACAGUUAAAUUUCUGAUCUGGGCUGACUGCAUACUCAAGAACAUUAGUGAAACUGCAGAAUGCUUCCCAUAUUCCCCUCAUUCUCUUUCCUACCCUGACCAUAAAGGAUUAUCAGUCUUUAUUCUCUGGUUGUUAUUGGUUCACUUUCUGUUGAUUUUCAUCUGAUUGACAUUUCUCCAGUACACACUUUUUUUGCACCAAAUUCACCAACUUUUGACAACUACAAUUUAUUUCCCUGCCUUUGCUAAGUCGUUGUAAAUUAUCUGGCAAUUGCCAGAGGUGACACUGCUGUCUGAUGCCUGCUUUGAACAGCAGUAACACAAAACAAAUGUAGCUCACUUACUCACUGUAGCCAACAAUUUGACCUCGGGAGCAGAACACAGUGUAGUGGUAAUUACAAACAGCCUGAAUGAGGAUUUGGCAGGGGAUGGGAUGGAACAAAAGAAACACAGAGAGGAGGGGGCAGCAGCUGGUGGUGCCACCUUAGGAUACCCUGUUUGUAGUCAGCUGCUGUGCUGUAGCUCUCCUUUCCCAGCAAAGGUGCAAGGAAACAGGUUCGAGCCUGUCUCUUUCCAAAGUUUUUGCCAUAUUACAAUUUUCAUAUUGUUAUUUACCCAUUUUUUUCCCAAAGUCUGAGAUAAGCACCUCUAGCAUCCCAGCUCCCCACAGGACACACAACUCAGGCAUGCCUGUUCAAAACUUACUCAGAGGGUUGAUGAUGGAGACUGGUGGGGUAGAGUGGGGAGCCACAUACCCUUGAAGUGUGGGGAACUUGCCCUACAAAUAAUAAGACUUCAGUUUUCAUUGCUACCCAGUGGCUACUAUGCACCCUCAUGCUUUGCUCAGGAAAGUGAGAGAGCAAGAAGAGUUUGCUCAUUUUAAAUAAAUUAAUUAUUGGAGAAACUGCAUAUCUUUAGGAUCUCUGUUUAUCCUCAUUGUAAAGGGCCAGUCCAGAUUACACCUGAUACGAUUUCUAUGCUGAAAUGCAAAAACAAAGGAAGAGAUAACAUAGCUUGGGAUCCUUCUGUAGCCAAAGCUGCCUCUGCUCUUUAAGGUGCACUGCAUCCUCACCCUCAACCUUCAGUUGUUUCCCAGGUGCAGUGAGCUCAGGCUUUCUCAUAACUGCAGAUACCAGUUGCUGGCAGAAGACAAGCAUACCAGGACAGCAGUCUGGCCCUAACUUGCUAUCACAUUAUAGGAAUUUGUGUCAGUGCAAGAAGUGCUUCAAAAUAUCUCAAUUUAAACUUAUCCACUGGACUAUUUUUAAUUCCUAGGACUCAAGAGCCUUUCCAUGUACGGCAGGAGAAGGGAGGGAAAAAUGGGUGGGGAAAUUUCCUCUUCUGCUUUAUAUGGGCCUGACUGCGGGAGCAGAUUCAUCAAAGUUGCUACAUUCCAUAUCAGAAAAGGAAAUCCUUCUUGUUUGAAGCGGAUGUACAGCAGCAUCACUUGACGAGAUAGGAUGCUUAUUUAUAAGUUGCCUGUUCAUUGGAGGGUCUUACAGAUUUCCUCUGCUAACAGUGUAGUCACAUUUCUCUGCAGAGAGCGUGAGAGCAACAAGCCAAUUAUCGGCCUAUUACAAUGCAUAUGGGUCACAGGAGUUGUGAAGAAGAUAGAGUAUCUGAAUGGCAGUUUGAACUUACUGCACCACAUUUUCUAUUUGGCUUUCACCUUCAGCAACUGUGACUGAUAAUUGCAGUUACAUGGUUGGUAGGCUAGCUUAGUGGCUUUGCAAUUCACUGCAAUGUAGAAGACCCAAAAGUUUAGGUCUCCAUCCUGUCUGCUUAGAGUUAGAACAGAAAAACAUUUUGCUUGGCCCAGGAGCUUAAAAUUAAUCACCUGAACUAUUGAUCUUACAGGAAUUUUGCUCCUUGCAGUAUGAAGCAAUGUUGAAUAGCCCUUGGCCCUUGCUACUCAGCGAGCAGCUAACCACUAGGGAAACAAAGACAACAGCCUCCAUGGGUGAAUCACUGAUGAAGAGUCUGAUCUCACUUCAUCAUGCAUUGACCUGGAAAUUGCCUUCACUAGGGAAAUCAAUUUACAUACACUGGUGUAUGCAAUAUAGUCAUACGCCUUUGCUGCCUUUGCUUAUGAAUCGCUCACUUAGUAUUAAUAUUCAGUUUUUUGGCUUGGAAUGCAUUUAUUAAUGAAGAUAGCAAUGAGAGAAAUGCUGUGCAUCUGUAACACUUUUCAUCCAGUUUUAGGUUUGAAUACGGCAUUUGAACUUACACCUUUGGCUUAUAUUUUCUACCACAAGCACAGAGGUGUUAUUUUCAGGCUGAUGUAAUAGCUGCUUGGGCAGACAGAAAUUGCCCAAUAAUUGCUAGGUUCCAGGAUUUUCAGAGUUGAAUUGGAAGAAAUUAUAAUGCAAACAGGCAACAAGAAUCUCUCUUCCUGUGCAAUGUUGUUUCCUUCAGAUCUGAAGUUACAUGGGACUUAAUGAAAAGGUGGAGACAAGUAGGCAAAACUACUCAGUGACAACAGUGAAAUGAGAAAAAAUGAUAGUGAUGUGGGAGAGAGAGGCAUAAAAGGGUGAAUCAUAAAAGGACUUUGACAAAGGGCAAUUAAAUAACAGGGUCAUUGCUCAAUAAGAGUAAACUAAUGGUAGGAAGGAGAAAAACAUCAACUUGAUAAAUAUCAUUCUUCAGUUUUCCUUAAAUCCAUCAUAGGAAGAGAGAUCAGUUUGUUGAGAAAUCUGUAAAGCUUCACUGUCAUAAGUGUAUCUACUGCUUAUGUUAACCAAGCAACUGGCCCUUAGUAUAGAUGAAAGAGAAGCAGGAAUAAGAGGGGAGAAUAUUCAGCAUACCUUGAUACACUGAGUAUACUGAAAAGGACAAGUCUGAAUCUUAUUCCUUCUUGAAAUAAAAUGUAAGGAAUUACUGAAAAGUGUAUCAGAGUGGUCCUCAGCUCUUGGUUAGUACUUCAGAAUAAUGGGUAGAGACUCAAGGAAAAAGACCAAGAACGUCAUGCUUCUUAUAGACAUGGGUUUUGGUGAUGACUAAAAAGUGUUUAGCUUCAGUUAGCUGAAUGAAGUCACUAUGCUGAACACGUUUCAUGGAAAACAAAAUGAUCAGUAAUGAAAAAUGAAAAAAAGAAUCCAUACAGUGACCUGUUCAGUAAGGUAACAUACUUUGUGGCUAAAGAAAUAAGGUGGACACAGCAUGUGUUGACUUCUGUAAGAUAUCUGAUACGGUUCCACAUGACUUUUCCAACUAGAGAAAUAUGGAUGAGAUGGGACUACUGUAAGGUGACUACACAAUUGACUAAGAAUAGAACAGAAAACAUAACUAUUAAUGGCUCAUGAUGUCAGGUUAGCUAAUUGGCUAAGUUGGUAGUAGUGUUUCACUUGGCUUCUAAAUCCAGCGGUACUACCUCUAUAUUUUCACCCGUGGAGCUUUGAACACGAACAUAUGUCAAUCAAAUGUCCUCUCCACCUCAAAGUUAUAUGACUGGUGAAAAGACAGAUGAUUAAAAAUCCCAACCCUCCUCUCUUCUGUUAGAGGAUCUGUUCUGCUGCACCUAGACAGAACAGGCAGCAUGUGCUGUGGGGCAACCCACAGCCCCUAAACUGCUGUUAUUCAGAACUGGGACCUGGCUCAGACACCUUGCAGCUUUCUUCUGCUCUUUCUUCCCUCAGAAACCCAGGUGUGUGGGGGACACUGGGGCGGGAGGUGGUUUACCUGACUUGAGGAGAUCAGAAAUGUUCCCAGGUCUUCAUAUCUGCUUUUGAACAGCAAACUCUUCCUAGUGAAAGUUUUAAAAUAUUUUUAUUUCUCUUGAAUGUGUUUUACCUAUCAAGCAGUAAUAGCGAAUGGCAAUAAUACCAUUUUUAAUGGAUGGUCUGAAGAUUGAGUAGAGAUUGAGAUGUGUUAAUCAGAAGAUGCCAUAAAGCAUGGAAGAUACAUAUAGUUGUCUUGUGGAAGUCUGGAUUUUUAGAAUGAGGUGGGAGCUUGGCAGGUUGCAGAAAGGGACUAAAAUCAAUUAGAUAAUAAGAAUAUAUGACAAGUGCCACAGGCUUAAUCAAGUGCACAGAUGGUGAACAUAUGCUUCUCUGUAUUACCAGUGUGCAUGCUGGAAACACUGAAGGACGAAGAGAAGAUGAAUCAGUACUAUCCUGUUGUCAGACUUCAAACAAUUUGUGAGCAGCAGAAUUAACAGAUCCUGGUGUUCUUUUAAUUUGUGUCUCAGAUUUGAUAUCUCAUUCUCUAGUAGAUGCGAAUCUGCCUGAUAGUUCUCAUAUUUUGAAUGGAAACUCAUAAUCCUUGGAUUGUUUUCCAUUUUUUGGUGCCCAAUUAAGAUCACACUCAGGCUUUCUGCUUCCUUUGGUGGGGUCUAUUUCUGUCCAGCCACCUCUUUUCAUGUAAACACAAAGGAGCUUUGUAUCUUUGUGAGUUUGGACUAAAAUUAACAAAUGGGCUCAAAAGCUACUAGGGUGAAUCAGAUAGAUCAAAAGAUGCAAAGCACAACUGCAUAAACCUUUCUUAGGUGAUCAGGCUAAAAAUGCAAAAGACAGAUUCACAAGUACAUUCAACAGGUGCUGUCCUGGCACUCUUAUUGUAGAAGACUGUGCGGGGAAUGUCCAGGGCCUGAGUGUGAGAUGGCAGCAUAGGAAUGCUGACCACAUAUGCUACCUUUUGCACUGAGGACACAUUUCCAUCCAGCUCAGGAAAAAAAAAAAAAGAAAACUCUCUAUCAGCUAAGGGAGAUUUUUUUGGUGAGCAAGUUAUUCAGAUCUCCAGCAGGAUACCAUGAGACUAAUACACAGACUAAUUGCAGCCAUGCAUAGCAAUGUCUCAGAACCCUCUCAGCCUAGCAGGGCUCUGCAGCAGCAGUGUAGGAAUCAAAGAAUUGCUAAAAUGGUCCAAAAAUCCACUAAGUGACUAAGCUUGGGGUUUUUUUUGUUUGUUUGUUUUUUUCCCCAUGGCUGUCAAUUCACCUGCAGAAAAGCUUGAUUUCUUUUUUUUCUAAAGCCGGGAGAUUGUAUUGGGCAGUGUCUCUCUUGGAACUCUUAAAAUCACCAGCCAAAAAAACAUACUGGCUUGCUAAGUACUAAACUAUACGUUAAACUCUUGAUAGAUGUUUAAAUGUUGUGAGACUGAAGCAUUUGUCUGUAGCAUGAUAAAUUGGAGGCAAAGCCAGUAUUUAUGCCUUACAGUUUGCAAAAUUUAUGUGAUAAAAGUAUGUAAAGAUACAAGAAUGAGAAAUAAAUUUUGUGCCCACCACAACUUUUAAGUAAAAGAAUAUAUAGUCUCCUUCCUUAUUCUUUGCAAAUCAAUCAUUGGCUGUAGCUUUAAAGACUGGCUUUUGACGGAGAUAUACUUGGAAAGCCCAUAUAACCUAUUCAAAUCUUAUUUUGAAAGGACUCCAGAUAUGAAGAGCAUGAAAUGUCUAUAUCCCCCAGUGACUUACUGAGAUAUUUGCAACAUUAGCCAUGGAAAAAUGACCUUGUCUAACAUAAAUAGCUGGAAGAAUAAAAUUCUAGUUGAUCCCAUAUGAAAAGAUAGUAGAUGAAGUAGAAUUUCACCACACAUAAAUAUUUUUUUAAUCUCUGAAAUUAGCAGCAUCCUUAUUUUCUGUGGCAUUGGCUUUUCUAGUAUUUGGUCUUUAGUAAUAAAAUUUACCAGCCUUAUUUCCUAGUGAACAUGAACACUAGUUGACAUUGUUUAAGCCUUCUUGUUCAGUAGUUUUCUUGAGUAUACAUUAAAAUUAUUUUCUGUAAUGAGUCCUUAUCCUGAAAAAAUGUAUAGUUUUUGCACUUCUCUUUACUGUAGUUAGUAACUUAAUUCAUUCCACUUCAGUGAGAUUUAGUUAAAUCAGUGCACAGAAAAGUCUUUGUAGGCUUUGGCUAAUAGAUUAUUUUUUGUGGAUUAUUCCAGCAGAACUUGGGACAAAAUUUGAGUGCUUUUGAAGUUAACAAAAUGUUUUCUCAAGAAAUUUUCCACCACAUCAGUGUAAGUUAGGAGAGUUUCAUAAUCUUUCUGUUUACUGUCUUAUAUAUUCCAUUUGAAUGUUCUUAAUAUUCUUUUCAGCACAACAGAGCUAUGUUUUCAUUUCCAAAUGCAUAUUACAUAUAUCAGAUUCAACAAGCUUUUCUCAAAGAGAUUGUAUCCCUGUGUAUAUAAAUAUUAAUCAGAGAAGAAGGAGAUGAGUUGCUUUCAUUGCUUCUGCUGUAAAAGCCUUUGUAUGAGCCAUGACAUGUCUCUAUUACAGCAACUCUGCCUGAGGAAAUCAUCUUCCCUGGCAUUCAGCGAUGGCAAAUGGAUUUUAGGAGGCAUUGUGUGGCAUUUGAGACAGGGCUUAGUGGGCAAGGUUGGCAGUAGGUGGACGGUUGGACUGGAUGAUCUUAGAGGUCUUUUCCAACUUUAAUAAUUCUAUGAUUCUAUGAUUCUAUGGUCAGACCUUCCUUUUUCUAGACUCACCAACACCAGAGAUGGUGUUCCCAGAAUUCACUGUUCCCUUCCUCUUUGUCCAUCCCAGUUCUUACUGUCAUCAUCUUGUCUUUCAUCACCUCUCAGUCUGAAUGGCGCUGCCAAGACACUUGGCCUCCAAACCCUUCAUCAACCUUCCUGGGCAUAGCCACACUCUUCCUUGUAGGUAACAGCCUUUGUCAUUUUAAUUCAGUUCAACCACUUCACUACAGACACUUAGGAUCCUAAUGCUCCUCUGUCAAAUGUCUCUUAGUCCUGGUAUAGGACAAGAGUCAGUGUCAUGGUACUCCUGAGAUGUGAAAGGAAAUUGAUAUAUAAAGGAAAAGAAAGCCUUUCCUCAUCUUCUUUUAUUCCUUAUAUUUGCCUGAAGCUGGGUGCUCUCUGAGGGUUUCAGGGAAGGAAAGUUUCUUUCCUCCUGGGUGGCCUUCUCUGCCUUGCUGUGCUGGACAUGUGUUAACCUCAUCUGUUUGAAGGGUUCAUGGAAAUGCUGGACAUUGAGGUACCAGUUAGAAUCAGUUUCUCACCUGAAGCUCGCACUACAGAAGCAGUGAGAAUAGAGAGAAUGUUUUCUCAUUUUAAGACAAAAAAGAACAGGUUAUUUUCCCAGGGAGUGGAGGGAGGAGGAAAAAAGGAGAAUGCUUAAGUGCCAGGUGACAAUGUCCAUCUCACUGCUCAGUGAUGAAAUUAAGAGGACAAAAAUAGACAAAGUGACCUCAUGGCUUUUGGCAGCAAUGCCUACGAGACAAAAGAGAGGCUUUAAAAGGCUUGGGGAACUGAUAGCAAAGGGCUUGGACACCUCAGAGUUUUUGGUUCUGCUCCAGCAGGAAACUGCUUUGCUUCUCUCUGAUUGCCUCUCUCUGUUUAUGGGGAGCUGUGAAUUAAACGGGUUUUGUGACAUGCCCAGCUCUCCAGGUCUGGACUCUGCCUUCUCAAGCUUGGAUCAGCCUUAUGCAGAGCUCCACCGCCACGAGAGCAUCCAAGAGAAGAACGUGAAAGAAGCCAAAACCAAGUGCAGAACCAUUGCAUCCCUGCUGACAGACGCACCCAACCCCCACUCCAAGGGGGUGCUGAUGUUCAAGAAGCGCAGACAGAGGGCUAAGAAGUAUACAUUAGUGAGCUUUGGGAGUGUUGACGAAGACCGUUCCUACGAGGAGGAAGACGGAAUUUUUCCAACUAGUGAGUCUGAAUUUGACGAGGAAGGUUUCUCUGAUGCCCGAAGCUUAACAAAUCACUCAGACUGGGACAACACUUAUCUGGACAUUGAAAAGUCCAAGUCAGACUCGGAGCAGAAAGAAGAGAAGCAAAAAGGUUUGAGUGAAGCCUCAGGUAAAGGAGCACGGUUAUUUGAGCAGCAGAGAGAACGGGCAGGGAAGUACACAGUGGAAAAAGUCCCAGCACAGAGGAGCCCCCAGCUCACCCCAGCUGCCCAGCCACAGCCGGGCAUGGUGAAUGGAGAUAUGCCUGUGCCACAGAAGACAGCCAGUGUGCCCCUCAGCAUCCACCUGGAAGGUGUGCAAGUGCCCAGCAAGCUGCCAGCCACCACACCCACUCAGGUCCUGACUCCCCCCAGCCCCACUGUCUUACCACAUCCCCCAGGCACACCUGACCCCUUCUCUUCAAGCACAAGUAUGUUCAACAGGUCUGCACGGCCCUUUACUCCUGGUUUUUCUGGCCAACGCCCAGCAACAUCCUCAGUCAUCUUCAGGCCAUCUGCACCCAAAAAACCUAGUGAAAGCCUUGGUGGGCAAAGCACGGUGGUCUCCCCUUUCUCACCUCUGGCUCCAGGAACACCUGCCAGUGCCCCAGCACCAUCACACCGCAGUCCAGUGAGCUCCUCCACAUCUCUGUAUAUUCCUGCACCAGGCAGGCCAACGCCACCACUAGAAUCACAGCCAAGAGCUGGAGGAAGUGCUCCGGAGACUAAGCCUUCUGCCAGCACUGCACGGACAUCCACUGCCUCUAUAUUCCUGUCAACUCCCUCAAAGCCAGGAGGGGAGGUGGCCUCUGCAGCAUCCCAGCCACGAGUCCAUGGAACAGCCUCUUCUUCUUUGUAUAUUAGCCCAGCACCAGCACAGCACAUGGUGAGCACCUCCCCACUGCCAGUGCAGCCUUCUGCCAACUCAGCAGCAAUGCCACGGCCUCCUUCUGAGCCCUUAACCUCCAGGGAGCAGAGGAUUUCCGUGCCAGCUCCCCGCACAGGCAUCCUGCAGGAGGCUCGCCGGCGGGGCAACAAGAAACCCAUGUUCAGUAAGGUUGAGGAGAAGAAGAAUUCACCCAACCCCGAGCUCCUGUCCCUGGUGCAGAACCUGGAUGAGAAGCCGAAAGGUGACCACCCUGGGGCAGGCUUUGAGUCUGGGCCUGAGGAGGAUUUCCUCAGCCUGGGCGCUGAGGCCUGCAACUUCAUGCAGUCCUCGGGCCGCAAGUUUAAGACCCCACCUCCAGUGGCUCCUAAGCCUCAGCAGCAAGAUGCUGGACUGGUAAAUGGGGCCCAUGACAUGCCUCAGCUCAAAGGCAAGGGAGCACAGCUCUUUGCCAAACGCCAGAGCCGCAUGGACAAGUUUGUGGUGGAGACAGCAACAAAGCCAGAGUCCAAGCCCAGAACCCCUUCUCCUUCCCCUUCUCUACCGUCAUCCUGGAAAUAUUCACCUAAUAUCCGGGCUCCCCCGCCAAUAGCUUACAACCCAAUGCAUUCCCCUUUCUAUCCUCUGGCAGCCAGCAAGUCUCAGGCUAGUAAGGCAGAGAGCAAAGUGAAAAAGGCACCUGGCCAGAAAUCAGGGAACAAGGCCAUUGAUUUCAUGCACCAUCAGCCCUAUCAAUUAAAGUCAGCCAUGUUCUGUUUUGGUGAUCCCCCAAGCUCCAGCACGCAGGAGUCUCCUGGUCAGCCGGGCCAGCAGGCCAGCUCAUCCUUCACUGCAGCCAAGCAGGUCCCUGUGAAAACAGCCAAGACACAGGAGAUUCGUCGCUUCUCCACCCCUGCUCCCAUGCCAGCUUCGAGCAGCUUGGCACCCACUGUGCUUGUGCCCCGCUCAGCCACCACACUGGAUGAGCCGGUGUGGAGAACAGAAAUGGCUUCCUCUGCCCCUGCUACACCGGCACCCUUCCAGAUGGAGCUCAGCCAGUCCCCUAAGCCAUACCAGAGUUCUCCUGAGUUUGGUCAGACAAACCUGGGGCCCUCCCCUACCCCAGCUUCAGCAUCUCGGUUUCAGGUGGCCAGGCCCAAAUUCUCAGCAGCCAGAACAGGAAUGCAGGCCAACGUGUGGAGGCCAAGCUUUGGCCACCAUUGAGGCAGGCAUCGUUCCCAUCCCAUUCAUGGCCCUGCAGAGAUAGUGCUCAUUUUGUCUUUCUUGUCAGCUCAGUAUAUUGGGUGGUGUGACACAAAAUGAAGAAAAGAGAAAAAAAAAUUACUCCCCUUCUGCACCACCCUCUCCCCCCACCUCUCUUUGAUCUUGGAUAGGCAGCUUCAUGGCAAGGCUUAUGGCUGUGGAUACAGAUGGAGAAAGAACAUGCAGAGAGGGCAUGAUUGGGAACUCACAUGUAGCAGCAAAGCCCACCUCUGGAGAGGUGAAUGGUAGAUGUUGUCUCACAUGAGGACAUAAAGUGGUUUUCCUCUGAGGACUUUGGAGUCAGCUCUGAAUGAAGGGGCCUUGAGGGGACAAAAACUUGCUAGAAGAAAGGAUUCCAGUGCAGAAGUCCUAGAUUUCUCAUAAGACUGCUUUUUUAAAAGCCUAUUAAUCUGCGCACACAGUCUGUGCGCUUGUGUGCACACACGUACACACACAGAACAACAGUAAGUGGAAAGUGAAAGGAGAAGAGGGCUCUGCUGCCCUGGACAAUUCUGCCAGAUUCCUCUCCUGAGAGGCAGGGGAAAGGAGGCAAAGGAUCAGAGCAGGAGUGUUUGCACACACACAUGGAAGCAGUGUGCACUGUGCAGGAGGAUGAUGAUGUGUGCCCAUCCCUCUAGUCACCAGGGCUGGAGUUGAAAGGGAGUCAUCCUAGCUGGCACUAAACACAGCUGUCAGGUCUGGGAGCAGUUUGCCAGUGGGGCACUGAAUGGACUUGCUGGGCUACCACAAGCUGGAGGAAUCACAGAAAGAAGCGUUAAAUUUUGGAGAUACAUAAAUAGCAAAGCUAAGCUCAGGCUGUGGCUGGUAGGCUCCAAGCAAACCCUGCAGCAUUAGUCCCACUGGAACAGGAUGCAGACACUGUAAGUAUAAAGAAGGGUUGUGUAGGAAAAGGUAAAGUUGGCUUUAAAGGGAGGCAGGACUGAGUAUGCAUUUACACAUCAGCUUUUUGUUUAGUUUAGGACAGAAGUAUGGCUAGAUUGAAAAUGCUUCAUUACAUAAAACUUCCUGAAAACUCUGCUGAGCUGGAAAACAUAUCCUCUUUACAGAUAGUCUCAGCAGGAGAGUGGGAGACAUAGAGUCACAAAAAUGGAAUUUCAUACUAAAUGAUUAAAUUAUCCAUAAGAUUAUUUGAUAAAAACUGAAGUGCUCUGAGAUUUCCAGAGGAUCUGCAUUCUUACACAUGCAUACGGAGCUCAAUUUGCUGGCAGUGCUGGGUAAAUAGGACUGGUUAUUCUUCGAAUGCCCUGGGGUAGACCUAAUCCCUAUAUCAAUAGCAUAUAAGAAGAAAGCGUUCCCUUUACUAAGGAAGAAUUUAGGGUAUCGGGAGGGUUUCUCUGCAUGUGCAUGUGCACAUCACAUGUGCUCUGGUCUAUACACAUCCCUGUCAUUUGCUUUCCUGCCCUUUCUCUCCCUUUUGUAGCAGUUCCACACAUUGGGCAGGAGAACCUCACUAGCAACCCUAGUCCUGGACAAGUUUGAGAGGGAGAGAAUGAGAGAAAAGUGAAAGCAAUAUACAAUCCUACCAAUUGUCUUUGAAUCCUUCACAUUCUGGCUGGGCUUGCUCUGUGGACCUGUGUUUGCAGCGUUCAUUGUUGGGGGCCCUGGAAUGUAGGAAAAGCAUGCCGGAAAAGGAGGAGAACAACAGUUACAUCUCUCUUGGCAAACUAUCAGCUGUGAGAAAGGAUGGAGAGAAAACCUUUGGGAAUGUCCUGAGUUAAUAAGAAAAAGGGUGCAACUAGUUGUGACAUGGAUGCAGCAAACCUCAAAUGAUGAGGUGAUGCUAUUUCUUCCUGGAAAGCCCCAGAAGGGAGGUCUUAGCAGCAGUCUUGAUUGCAGAGUUAACUCAGACCACCAGAAUCCACUUCACUACAGUGAGGGAGGGCAGUCACGCUACAAAACCUGACUUUCACAAUUACUUUCUCACUCAUCCUAUGCUGCACUACAUUGCCAUCAUUUCAGGAAAAAAAUCCCAGUUGCUUAGCAAGCUAAAUCUCUGUAAUUCUUCCCAAAGAAAGAAGGAGUCUUCUAUUUUUCUAGGAAAGCCAUGGAGAGAAACUAAAGGACUGGUAGUGUUGCAAAAGCUUUGCCUGUAAUCUUUUUGUGGAGCACUGGCUGGCUGUCACUGGCUGGCGGUUUUAGCCACUAGCCUUAGACAGACCAGCUUGCCUGGGUGGAAAGUGUCACUGAACUCAGGUGUAGAGAGGGGUUAUGUGGACCAGAGAAAGGGUGCUCAGGAUAAUUCUGCAGUGAAUAAAUGAUCUCAGGAAUUCUGAAUCUUCCUCCAGUGUUCCUGUCUCUCAUGGACUUAAAGAACAAGUGCUGUCAGGGCCUGAGCUUCUAAGGAACUUCAUUUUGCCACUGGAAAAAAAAGAAAAAGAAAAAGAGAGAGAGAGAGGUCUGGCUUUAGCACAUUUGUGAGAAAGCAUCUGGCCUGUAUCUGGGUGGCAUUUCUCCAGGUUUCUAGGAUACACUGAUGCAAGCCAAUGAGAGAUGGCCAGACACUGUGGGCUGUUACGUGACAGGAUCUGAGUGGAAUAACUGGAUUUGGCCCAUCAAUUCUGAUAAGUAAUGGACAGAAGAUGAAAAAUAUUCAGGUCUGAUUGGAGAACUGAUAUUAAACAUCAGAGAAAGAAAAAUAAUCAGGAGGCUUGGGAUCCUGCAUUUCACCUCCACCAUUCCUGGUUCAAGGCCAGGUUUGAAGGGAAGCUGAAGCGGUUUGUUGGAUCUCAGCUUCUCCCAGUCUUCUCUGGAUCCUAUGCUGAGGACAGAGCAGGAUCUGCGGAAGCAGUGGGUGCUGCAGAUGAGGCCUACAGCACUUGCUGAGUAUCCCAAACAAGGUCUGUGGCUGCAAGUAGUAUGAGAUGAGAACUAAUACUGAGAUGCAUCUGCUAAGCUAUAGGGAAGAAACCUGCACAACUGCUGGCUUCAAGCAGCUCUGCUAAUGUCUGCUCAUGAAACUAACGUGGCUGCCUGUUAGGUCACAGCUGAACCAUAUACAAUUGUCUUGAACCUCUCCAAAUUUAUAAUUCUUCAGCUGUUAAACAAGCACAGAUGUAAACAGUUGUUGGACAAGUUUUAGCUCCCUCCUGCUAAUUUAUGAGCUGCAAUGGUAGGCCAUACCCCAGUAUCCCCUUAGUUAAGCAUCUGAAGAUGUCUAUGUGUGCUCUGAUUUAAAACUGCUUAUCAUCCCUCCUCUCUAGCAUUCGGCUAUGGCAGUUAUGAGGGUUUAUCUUGGCUUCAGAAGUGUCAGUCUCUUCCCUCUGAAUAUAUGGGAACACUUGCCAUGGAUAACCUCAAGUUCCUGCAGCAGAUGAGAGGAAGUAUCUCAGAAGAGACUGAUGUGACAAGGAGUCACUUAUCACCAGACACUUAGCACCACCCAGGAUUGUUCCUCUGAUUGAAUUUGCUCCCUUUCUGCUAUAAUAUCCAGCACGCCCUACCAGGCCCUCUUCGUAGAGGAUACUCAUCAGUGCUCAGAAAAUGGGAGCUCUGCAGCAGUGCUCUGUCUGGUAGCAGAUGUGACCCCAAAAGGUGAAUAGAUUUGGCGUCUCUGUUUUUGGAAGUACAUUUUCCUUUUCUGUUUUGUCUUUUUUUGCAAUUUACAGUCACUUUCUAUUUGUUUGUGCAGAAGAAUAAACUUGUGAUAUGCACUUUACGUGUGGCAUUUUUGUCACCUUCUUUGCUUAGCACCCAGAAGGAACUGCUGUGUACACCACAUGCAGUUAAUCACUACCACAAACUUCUAAAGCCAUGAGAUCAUAAGGACUCUAAACAAGCAUGGGAAGUUUCAGUAACAAAAAUGCCUGGGCUUAAGCUGGACUUAAAGCUUCUACAUGUUAAAUAAGCCCCAUGCAAGCAUGGAAUUUAAGUGAGAUGUAAACUUUGAUACUACACGUUGUAAAACACUCACUUACUAAUAGGACAAAGAAGAAAUCUCUUUAUGGUUGGUAUCACAGCCUGAUACUAA